AUGGCUUCCUCAGCUAAGGCAUCAGGUGUUCCGUCUCGUGAACUGAGAAAUAGAGCUGCUGGUCCGUCCAGCUCGUCGGCUGCACCGCUUCUCGAAAAAAUCGACCAGAAUGAACUUAAUGACAUCAAGGAGAAAAUCGAUAAGCCUUCUGUCACAUCGAGCAAUUACAAGAAGGCUUCAGAAGAAGAUGGUUCGCUCAUUAGCGAUUGGCGCACACUUGAGGCUGUUGUUGCACCACUGCUAUUCACUGCGUUAGCCCUUUUCACACGUUUAUACCAUAUCGGCAAGUCCAAAACCGUUACCUGGGACGAAGCUCACUUUGGCAAGUUUGGUUCUUACUAUCUGAAGCACGAGUACUACUUUGACGUCCACCCACCUUUGGGUAAGAUGCUUGUUGGUCUCUCUGGAUACAUUGCUGGCUACAAUGGUUCCUUUGGCUUUGAAUCGGGUGCCGAGUACCCCGAGUAUGUCAACUACACCGCUAUGCGCAUCUUCAAUGCACUUUUCAAUGUUGUUUGCGUCCCUGUUGCUUAUUUUACUGCUAAGCGAUUGAGAUUUUCCAUUCCUACUGUCUGGUUCUUCACGUUGGCCAUGCUCUGUGAAACUUCUUACAUUACACUUGGCAAGCUUAUCCUCCUUGAUUCAAUGCUUGCUUGCUUUACCACCACUUCUAUCUUAGGUCUUGCUUCCUUCCACCGCUACCAAAACAGACCCUUUUCAUUUCCCUGGUUUUUUUGGCUCUUCUUUACUGGUGUCAGUCUUGGAUGCGUUACCAGUGUGAAGAUGGUUGGUCUUUUUGCCACGGCUAUGGUUGGUGUUUACACCAUUACUGAUCUCUGGAUCAAGUUUUCUGAUACCCGCAUGUCAAUUAAGACUUACAUCGCCCAUUGGAUUUCUCGUAUUGCUGCUCUUAUUGUUGUUCCUAUUUUGAUUUUUGCUCUCUGCUUCAAAAUCCACUUUAUUCUUCUUAGUGGUACCGGCCCCGGUGAUUCCAACAUGAGUUCCCUUUUCCAAGCCAAUCUUAAUGGAUCUGACAUGAAAUCCGGUCCUUUGGACGUUGCUUACGGUUCCCGUAUUACACUCAAGAACCAAGGUCUUGGAGGUGGUCUUUUGCACUCGCAUAUUCAGACUUAUCCCACUGGUUCUAGCCAACAGCAGGUCACCACUUACCACCAUAAGGAUAUGAAUAAUGACUGGCUCGUAGAGUUUGGCCGUUACAAUGAUUCCUACAAUCCUGCUCUCCCAGUUCAGUAUGUCACUGAUGGUGGUAUUGUCCGUUUUCUUCAUCCUGGUACUGGCCGCAAUCUUCACUCACAUAGUGUCCCUGCCCCUGUGACCAAGGGCAAGUGGGAAGUUUCUGGUUACGGCAACAUGACUGUUGGUGACGAAAAGGACAACUGGGUUGUCGAGAUUGUUGAAACCUUGGGAACUGAAAACAAAUCGCGUGUCCAUCCUCUUUCUUCUGGAAUUCGUCUUAGAAACCAGGUUAUGAACUGUUACCUUGCUGCUGAAAGCGCCCGCCUCCCUGCUUGGGGCUUUAGACAAGGUGAGGUUACUUGCGACAAGUCAGCUUCUAGACGUGACAAACGCACAUGGUGGAAUAUUGAGACACAUGAGAACCCUCAUCUUCCCAGUGCUGUCAACCGUACUCUUCCCAAGACUAAGUUUUUGCGCGACUUUGUUCAGCUCAAUGUUGCCAUGAUGGCAUCUAACAAUGCCCUUACCCCUGAUCCCGAUAAACUAGAUGAGCUUACUUCUAAGGCCUGGGAAUGGCCUACUCUCCACGUUGGUCUUCGUCUCUGCGGCUGGGGUCCUACCAAUGUCCGUUACUUUUUGCUUGGUCAUCCUAUCAAUACUUGGAUUUCCUCUGCUGGAGUUGUUAUUUUUGGUCUUGUUACUUUGUGGUUUUUGGCGCGCUGGCAGCGUGGUUACAAGGAUUUCACUUGGGACCAACUAGACAAGUACGCUGUUUCUGGUAUUAUUCCUGCUCUUGGUUGGGCUUUCCAUUAUCUACCUUUUAUUGUCAUGGCCCGUGUCACAUACGUGCACCAUUACCUUCCCGCUCUUUACUUUGCGCUGAUGCUGCUGUCAUUCUUGAUUGAUAUGCUGACAACACGCUACAUUACCAACAAUUACAUCAAGACUGCCAUUUUCCUAACUCUCUAUGCGGAAACUAUUGGCAUCUUUUUGAUUUUUGCACCCAUUUCUUUUGGCAUGACUGGCGAGCUUGAACCCUACAAGCAUCUCAACUGGCUGUCUACCUGGAGAAUUUAA